CCGCGCUAUGAGCGAUGUGGCUGCUACAGUCAGGACGAGCGCACGCUGUUUUAUUAUGACGGCUCAGUUUAAAUAUUGGAGCCGGGUGGCUUCGCUCAUCUAAAGCACAUUUGCAUAGAUUUCAAGUAUUUAGAGGGUUUUCUUUGUUUUUUGAGGGGGAAAUAAACGAGGCGCGCUGCCACCAAACUGUUUGCUGACUGUCUGACAUUAAUUUGGGAUUAAAAUGGUCAUCAAGGUUUACAUCGCCUCCUCAACCGGCUCUCUCGCGGUAAAGAAGCAUCAGCAGGCAGUGGUGGGUUUCCUGGAGGCCAACCGAAUCGACUUCCAGGAAGUAGACAUUACCAUGCUGGAGGAGCAGCGGCUCUGGAUGUACCGCAACAUCCCCAGGGAUAAGCAACCAGAGAAGGGCAACCCUCUGCCUCCACAGAUUUUCAACGAGGAUCACUACUGUGGUGACUAUGAAGACUUCUUCCUCUCUAAAGAGAACAACACUGUGUUUGCAUUCCUUGGGCUCUCUUCCCAACCCUCUGUUAAAUUUGCUAACAUUAACCUGGAUUCAGAGUCAUAGAUCAGACUGCUGAUAUUGGUUAUCCACAGUUAGUAUCACCUUCUGCAUUUUGCCGCCUCCUUGUCCACGCUUCUCCUCCUUUGCUGGAAACUGGCCCACAUGGACUUGCUUUGUUUGACCUCUUCUGACUUGAAAAACUCCUUAAACAAUAUUCCACUGUCACUGAGUCUCAGGCAAGUGUCUGACUCUCAAGAAGCCACAGAGACUUACUCACAGAUGCAGGAGAUUAGCUUAAUGAAGGAUGCAUUUGUCUUUCUUUUUUGUGCUUAACACACUGUGAUGGAAAACCUUGUUUCAGCAAAUAGUAGCAUAAAUUCUGAGCUAUUAGACGAAGUAGCAGCUUUUGCAUCAGCAGACCAGUGCCCUUUGGAUAACCUAAAUGCAGUAGGUAGGGAAGAAAUAGAUCAGGUGAAGCAGUGUAGAACACAUUAUUUGAAUAUGUAGUGUGUUUGUGUGUGUGUGUUUGUGUUUGUGUGUGUUUGUUUGUGUUUGUCUGUGUGUGUGUGUGUUUCUGUCUCAAUCAGCAGCUGUUAAUGAAGGCCGUGUUAAGUGACUAGAGAGGGAGUGCUCAACACAGCCUGAAACAACCUAAGGCUUCGUCUUUUGCCUGACUGUGUGUACUUGUGAGACAAAGCAGCUGAAAACGCAGCACUUGAGACCAAAAGCAUUAAUAAUUGUGCUGAAUAUUAUUACUCAGAUUUGAGUUUAGUUUCAUCCAGUAAGAAACACCUUGCCCUUAUGAUUCCACUGUCAAAGUAGUUUCAGUAAAUGAUUUGCCUGGGAUUAAAGACUAAAAAUGAUAGGUUUAUCUUUCUGACCUCCCUACACUGUAUGACACUCAGCUCAAAAAACAUAACUCAAAGAGUUGAUGAACAAGUGCAUGUGAUCUAUUUUAAUAUGGAUUAAUAUAAAUUUGGUGCUCUAGUGAGUUUUUACAGCAGGAUGAUGUUGUGUUGUCUCAAUCUGCAGUUCUGUUAUUAUGGUGUUAUUGACACCAUUAUAACCAAAUUCUAUUCUUUAAUCAAAAUUUGCUGCACAAAAGUAUGAUUAGCAUUAAGGCAGUCGUCUGAGCUAUAAGAGUACACGUCAUCCUAUUACUCCACAAGUGCUGCUCAUCAAUUAUCUAUCUCAGUGGUUCCCAAAGUGUGGGUUGCGGCCUCCUGGUGGGCUGCUACGGUACUGCAGGGGAGCCACAGUAAUAACAGAAAUUCAGUUUGAAAUUACAAGUAUGAACAGUUACAUAUUUAUAUAAAUGUAUUUACUUAUAUAAAAAGUGAAUUAUAACUGGUAAUAGGAGGUGGUUAGUUAGUGAUAUUGCUCAAUACUCUCACUUAAAUUUACUGCUCUUUGAUUGAAGUUUAUGUCCCAGUGGUGAGUGGGUCACUUAUUGGUAUUAGCACUUUACAUACAACGACUGGGUAGUAUUAGCAAUUUAUAGCCAACAGCUUGUGUUGUUUAAGUUUUUGAAAUCAAACUUUCAUGGUAAUACAUCAUUUUCUCUUGUAUUUUGAUGAGAGUGAAGACAGGAUUCUAGCCAGGAAGAUUUCACAGGCCGGUGCUAUCAGACGACCGCAGCACUCUUGACUUUGGGAACCACUGAUCUAUUGGCAAAGAUUUUGUACUAACAUGUGCCUCCUUCUUUCUGUAUUCAUGAAUAGCAGCUGAAAUGUGAGCAGACUGUCCUCUGUGUGUUUAAAAUGAAUAUACGUAGUAUAUCAGGGCCAAACCUUUUUCCUGUUCUUUAGUCUGUAUUCUUUGUUACCUCUAUAAAAUACCAGUACUAAUCAUAUUCUAUUUUAUUAAAUGAUCUUGGAUGGAUGGCUGGCUUUAUGUUUAUAUGUGAAGGAAAAAAUAGACAUGGCAUUUUUCCCCCUAAAUGUUGUGCCAUUGUGUGAAAGGAUAUGAAAUUUUCACAUAUAUCAAACAGUUUAUACUCUUAUCACUGAUGACAAUCACAGCAUUCCUGUUUUGCUGGUUUGUGUAAAGAAUUGUAAUACUUUGUGGUAAAUUUUUUGUGAACAAAUCUGUUAAAAAACAAAAUCACUAAAUGUACUUUGUUUCAACUCUGUGACUCUGAUGUGAUUGUGUUUUCUUUUUUACUGCUUGUAGCACACUUGUUUGAUUUGUACUAAUUUGACGCAUCACUGUAAAGCAUAUUUUGCACAACAAUGCUGAUUACAAUGUUUUAAGUUAA